AUGGGAAAAAAAGAUAAGAAGAAUAAAGAAAAAAAGGAAAAAAUAAAAUUAAAAAAAGAAAAGCAGAAAUUGAAAUCAUUAAAAACAAAAAAAAAAAAAAAACAGACUUUAAGUGAUGAAGAUUUUGAUAGUAUUUGUUUAUAUUAUGAAAAUUUAAAUAAAAAAGAUAAGUAUGGUCACAUAAAUAUAAACAAUACUUCGAAUAAUACAUUUGUGGAAUGUGAAAAACCAAGUCCUAGAUCUAAUUGUUCUAUAACAUUUAUUAAUGAAGAAGAAUUUAUUUUAUUUGGAGGAGAGUAUAAUGAUAAUAAUGAAUUAAUAGUAUAUAAUGAUUUAUUUAAAUAUAACGUAGUAAAAAAUAAAUGGAAAUAUUAUUUUACAACUUGUAAAAAACCGAAGCCAAGAUGUUCUCAUCAGUCAGUUUAUUUCAAUAAAAAAUUAUAUAUUUUUGGUGGUGAAUUAUGUACAAAUACUCAAUUUUUUCAUUUUAAUGAUUUUUGGUGUUUUGACUUAAAAAAUAAUAUAUUUGAAGAAAUAGAAACAAAAAAUAAAAAAGACGAAAAGCCUUCCCCAAGAAGUGGUCAUAGAAUGAUUCUAUGGAAAAAUUGUUUAGUUAUGUUUGGCGGUUUUUUUGAUAAUGGAAAGUCAGUAGAAUAUUUUAAUGAUUUAUAUAUAUAUAUCAUAAACUGUAAUAAAUGGAUAAAUUUAACAAAUAUUCAUAUUGAUUAUUUAUUUAAAAGGUUAACUGAAAAUAACAGUAGUAAUAAUAAUAAUAAUGAUGACUCAUUAUCAGUAAAAAGCGAAAAAAAAACUAAUGAUAAAAAUUAUCAAAUGAUAAAAGCUAAAUUUUUAAAAAAUUUUGAUUUAGAUUCCCAUAUGCCAUCUAAAAGGUCUAGUGUAUGUUUAUUCACAGAUACGAAAUUUCAAAAAAUAUAUAUAUAUGGAGGUUAUUCUCAAGUAAAAAAUACCUCUAGAAACUCUAUUGGAGCUUAUUACAAUGAUCUUUGGGUUUUAAAUAUAAACUAUAUAAAUGAAGAUAACAUUUCUGUAAAAUAUAAAAAAUUAAAAAAAAGCAUUUUCCAGCCAUCUAAAAGAAUUGGUUUUAGCACAUGUACUUAUAAGAAUUUUUUAAUUUUAUUUGGGGGUGUUUUUGAUAAAUUUGAACAUAACAAUGAAAAAAACAGUAAUACAAAAGAGGAAUCAUUGAACAUGGAAUCUAUUUUUUUUAAUGAUAUAUAUUUAUUUGAUAUGAAUAAGGAACAUUGGUCUUAUUUAAGUUUAAAAAAUAAAGAAACAAAAAAUUUAAAUAUAAAUAGCAAGGAAAAUAAGAAAAACGAAUCAGAGGAAAACAAAUCACAUGAAAUUAAUAUCAACAAACAUUCAUCGAGUGAGAAAGAAUCAAGUUUUUCAGAAAAUAAAAUAGUUAAGUCUGAAUACAAAGAUCAUUCUGAGAAUUAUGAUUCAAAUUAUUUGAAUGAUGAUGAUAAUGAAGAGUAUUAUUCUAAUGUUUUUGUUUACUUUGAUGAAAACGGGAAUAAAAAAACUAUGAAAAUAGAGAAAGAUGAAAUAAGUAAUAUGAAUUUUAAUGAGAAAAAAGAAUAUGUUGAUUCUGUGGAAAACGAAAUGGAUAAACAAAUGAUUAAGGAAAAUAAUAUAGUAAUGGAUAAUAUAGUUGAUAGUCAUUCUGUUUUCAUUGAAGAAAAGGAACCCAAAUGUUCAAAUGAAAAUAGCAAUAUUAAGGAUUUAAGUGAUGUUAAUGGUUUGAAAUAUGUAAAUAAUUCAAAAGAGCCAGAAAGCUCAAAGGAUUUAGAUGAAUUUUUUAAUAUUAGCUAUAGUAAAAGUGUAAAUGAAAAAAUUAAGGAUGAAUAUAAUAAUGAAAUUAUAAAUGACUUAAGUAAUUCAGAUUUAGAGAGUAAUAAAAGCUAUAAAAAAAAGAAAAUUGUGAUAAAUGAUAUUGAACCAAUAGGAAGAAUAAAUAGUCAUAUAUUCAUAAUAAACAAAAAUUUAUAUUUAUAUGGUGGCAUGUAUGAAUAUAAGAAUAAUGAAAUUAUGCUUAAUGACUAUUGGAAAAUCAAUAUAUUUAAAAGAGAAAAGUGGGAAUUAAUAGAUAAAGGUAAUUUAGAUGAUAUUUAUGUUGAAGAAUCUGAUUUGAGUUCCUCUCUAUCAAUAGAUGACGAAAAUAAAGAUGAAAAAGAAAUUGAAGAUAUAAUAAUUUGUAGUAAGAUUAAAAAAAUAGAAAAUAUUAUAAAAGUAGAAGACAGUGGAUUAGGUUUUGAUGCAAAUGAAAAUUUAAAUGAAUUUUUUUUAAGAACAAAAGAUCAUUGGUUAAAACAGCUUAAUAUAAUAAACGAAACAAAGCAAAGUAGAAAAGAUGCUUUUAUUUUGUGUGAAAAGAAAUAUGUGCUUCUAAAAAAAUAUUAUAAUAAAAUUCAAAAAUAUAAGGAGUUAUUGUAUGCAGAAGAAUAUGAAAAAAAUAUGAUUGAAGAUAACAUAAGUGAGGAAGAAACAUCUGAUUAA